AUGUCUUCUGGUAAUGGUCAGAUCUAUUUAGAUGAGAAAUGGAAAUUAAAAGGAUCUAAGAGUACAAGGAACCACAAUUCAUCAUCAUCGAUGGCUUCUUCUUCUUCAAAUCAUCAUCAUCAUCAUAAUCUGAUGAGAAGUUCUUCUACAUCAUCAGCUAAUCAUUUAAUGAGGAAUUCAUCAACUUCAUCAACAUCACAUUUAAUUAGAAACGCAUCAACAUCGUCUUCAAGUACUAAUAAUCUAAUGAGGAAUUCAUCAAAGAGAAAUGGUGGGAAUCAUAAUAAAAGUGGAUUCUCAAGGAAAUGUUCUUCACUGGUUAAAGAACAGAGAGCUAAGUUUUAUAUUGUUAGACGCUGUGUUACUAUGUUAAUGUGCUGGCGUGAUUACAAUGAUUCUUAA